CUCGGCCUGACCGGCCUGCACGGCUUCAUCUUCUACUUCCUGGCUUCCGUCCUCCUCUCCGUGCUCUUGGUGUUAAAAGCCGGACGGCGAUGGAAUAAGUACUUUAAAUCCCGAAGGCCGCUUUUCACGGGGGGGCUUAUAGGAGGGCUCUUCACGUAUGUCCUGUUCUGGACUUUCCUGUACGGCAUGGUUCAUGUCUACUAAAACAACUAGGAGCCACAUUAGCUGCAGUGGUUUUUAAUGAAGCAGGAGGACUGUUGCCAAAAGUCAUCUACACAACUAGGCCAGCUUACCUCUUAAACAGUUGUUCAUCGCUUGUAUUGUUAAUACUGUCAGUAAAUUAUGUCCAAGUACAAAUGAAUUGGUAGGACUGUUCUAAUUAAACUGAAUGUGAAACAGAUGCCUCCCAUGAAUAUUUGUUUGGUGGUUAAGGAAUAACUUCUGCCCCUAAUUGCAGGCACAGCCGUGG